AGCAUCAGAUGCCAAGCGCGUCCUCCGCCGGUAUAAAAAUAUCCCCGAACCUACAGCCACCAAGCGCUCUUCGCCUCCUCUCCGCUGCUUUAAAUCCCCUGUCUGUCUCCCAAUCUCUCCGAGAAGAAGAACGAUGGCCGAUCAGCUCACCGACGACCAGAUCUCCGAGUUCAAGGAGGCCUUCAGCUUGUUCGACAAGGACGGAGACGGCUGCAUCACAACCAAGGAGCUGGGGACUGUUAUGAGAUCACUGGGGCAGAAUCCUACUGAGGCGGAGCUCCAAGACAUGAUCAACGAGGUGGAUGCAGAUGGAAAUGGUACAAUAGACUUCCCAGAGUUCCUUAACUUGAUGGCUCGCAAGAUGAAGGACACUGAUUCGGAGGAGGAGCUAAAGGAGGCAUUCCGAGUUUUUGACAAGGACCAAAAUGGGUUCAUCUCAGCUGCUGAGCUUCGCCAUGUCAUGACCAACCUCGGUGAGAAGCUUACCGAUGAGGAGGUUGAUGAGAUGAUCCGCGAGGCUGAUGUUGAUGGUGAUGGCCAGAUCAACUAUGAGGAGUUUGUCAAAGUCAUGAUGGCCAAGCGGCGUCAGAAGAGGAGGAUACAAGAGAAGAGACGUGGAAGCGAGCCCGAGAGGAGCCCUUCUCCCCAGAAGAGGCGCGGUGGCCGUCGCCCAAAGAACUGCGCCAUCCUUUGAUAAUAAUAUGGUGGGAUCUGUGGACAAGAUACAAGCUUGUAAUACCGGAGGCAUAGCCAAACAACCACAAAUAAUGCAAGCUGAAACUACGGUAUGUACACGGUAAAUGUACACCUUAUAUUAUUUGUGCAUGAAAAAGCUGGAGAACUGAUUUCUAUGGGUUUAUAUGGAGACCUUAUGUUGUUAUUUGUGCAUGAAAAAGCUGGAGAACUGAUUUCUAUGAGUUUAUAUGGA